UUUGAUCAGAUAAACCAGUUUAUUUUGUUCAAAGCUUUUUAUUGAGGUAAUUUUCGGACAGACCCAAAAGCAGGGGGAACAUCUAUUGAAUUCACAUGUACAUGUACCACAUUCCCAGUUUCAACAGUUAACAACUCAUGGCUUCUCUUCUUUCUCCCACUUUCUUCUCCUCCCCCACUGGAUUCUUUAGAAGCAAAUGAGAUAUCACAGCAUUUCCUGUGUAAAUAUUUCAAUAGUAUCCUUAAAAGAAGUCUUAAAAAAAGAACUGCAGAGGUGCUGCGCGGAGACCCGCUGCACCCCUGCGAACACGAUGCUGCGAGCAGCGCAGAGCGUGCGGGCCAUCUCUGCGCCCAGCGUGCCCUGCCCACCGCUGCCCUGGGGACUGCAGGCAGGCGCCGUCCGGGCGCUGCACACUGGACCCGCUCUGCUGUCAGGUCGUAAAUUCACAGACAAACGUGAAUGGGUAACAACAGAAAACGGUGUUGGAACAGUGGCAAUCAGCAAUUUUGCACAGGAAGCUUUGGGAGAUGUUGUUUACUGUAGUCUGCCUGAAGUUGGGACAAAAUUGAACAAACAAGAGGAAUUUGUUGCUUUGGAAAGUGGGAAAGCUGCUAGUGAACUCUCUUCUCCUCUAUCAGGAGAAGUAACUGAAAUUAAUGAAGCUCUAGCAGAAAAUCCAGGACUUGUCAACAGAUCUUGUUAUGAAGAUGGUUGGCUGAUCAAGAUGACACUCAGUAACCCUUCAGAACUAGAUGAACUAAUGAGUGAAGAAGCAUAUGAGAAAUACAUAAAAUCUAUUGAGGAGUGAAAAUGGAACCCCUAAAUAAACUAGUUUGAAACAACUUAAUCUAGAAUAGUUGUCUUAAAUUAGUGGUGGAUAGAUUUUUAAAAAGCAACUUUUAGCAAAAGAAACUACUUGGAACGGUGGUGCCUGAAGAAAAUACCCCUUAACUUCCUCAUGACUUCAGAUAAACGCUAUGCAUCUUUUUCACAACAGCCUGUGAUUUUUAGGCUAGUCUCCAGUUAUAAUAUUCAGAAUUCCUGAAAUUAUCUGUGGUAAAACUAGUUAUGAAAG